AAUGCCUCGGACGUCUAUAACUGGGUCCUUCCAGAUUCGUUGCACUUCCUCGUCGGUACAAAGAUGGAAGCCGAAAUGCAAUGGAAGAGUGGUGAAGUCUGAAUUGAGAAUGGCACAGUUUGAUAUUUUUACAAAAUUUGUUGCGAUGGAUAUGUAACGGUGUGGAUCUGAGAUCUUAAUGAAAUAUAGGCAGUAAAUGUCGAUAAGAGUCUCGGCGCGCUGAGUUAAGAGGGGCCCAGGCGGGUCCGGGCAGUUGCUUUAGCUCUGUAACUGAAUGUGCUGUUUGCCCGGUGAGUGUCACCCCGGCACAGACUGGCAUGUGGAGGUAAUGUGAGCAGUGUUUUGUCAAAAAGCCGAGCGGCUUGGAAUUCUGGGAACUUGACAAUGUAUGAAACACGCAUGGUCAGCUAACUAAAAGGCCUGGAGAAGUGAAUCUGAAUGAUACAUGUUUAUUUAUUUGAGCUCAUAUGCAUGCUGUACUAUUCACCUAAGAAUGAUCCCGAUUUAUGUUACUGAAAAUUUUUGCAGUACCGCGUCGUGCGACCAAUCAUUCGUUUCAGCAGAUCUUUUUAUACUGUGACAGACACGUUUGCACUUGCAAAGGGAAUUGCACACACGUAACGCUGGGUGUAAGUCACAAUGACAGUCGGCCAGUUCCGCCUCUUUAAGAUCUGCACCUGCCUGGUGACGUUACUUUCAUUUUUAAAAAGGCUCAUUUGUCGGUCAGGAAGGUCACGAAAACUAAGUGGUGAUCAAAUUACUCUGCCAACAACAGUGAGCCAUUCUUCAGCUCCAAAGCCGUCAGAGAUUGAGGAAUGGAGUUCCUGGGAUGAGGAGGCCCCUACAAGCGUCAAGAUCGAGGGGGGGAAUGGGAACAUGACCUUGCAGCCGAAAGACGUGGAGGAGGAGGAGGAGGAGCCAGACUACUUCAAGGACAUGGCGCCCACCAUCAGAAAAACACAGAAAAUUGUCCUUAAGAAGAGGGAGCCUCUGAACUUGACAAUUCCUGAUACAAGCGUAGGGUUUUCCAGCAGACUGGCUGUCAGUCAUGAUCUGUCCUUUAUCCAGCCAACGGCGGAGCUGGGGGACCUGGACACCUGGCAGGAGGACCACAACGCGUGGGAGGAGGAGUCCAGUGUUGCUUGGGAGGCUGAGGAGGUGCUGAGGCAGCAGAAGCUGGCAGAGAGGGAGAGGCGAGCCAUAGAGCAGCAGAAGAAGAAAGUGGAGAAGGAGGCCCAGAGACUGAUGAAAAAAGAACAGAAGAUGGCGAUCAAGCUGUCGUAACGAUUGCAGAGCUGGGGGCGUGGCGUGAGGCAGGGAGGAGGCCCGAUCGCCUGUUAAAUCCUGCUUUUUCACACAUUCUCCUAACACUAUGCCCCUACUUCCAGUGGCCUACUUCAAGAUCACCUUCAUACUGUCGAUAGUGCUUUUUUUUUUCUUUUUUUUUUAAAUGGCUCAUGUUUGGGAAGAUGCCUCCUGACCGGUAUCAACUUUUUCCAGGAACUAGAGGAGGUUUUUUUUUUUUUUUUAAAUUUAAUUUUUUUUGUUUUUUUGGAUUUAUGAGUACAAAGGGUUGGGAGGGAUGCUUUUAUGGGUCUCGCUGAACCGUUAUUGCUGUUUAGAUGGAAUGCUUUCAGUUUUAUUUUCUGGUCACAGACCACACCUCUGACACACUGUAGUCUGCUAGAAGGCUUGGGAAGAUGCUAUAAUCGCUGGUGGGUGGGAGGUAAAGGUGGACAUUAAAGCGUUUUUCUGAAAAGCGAAUGUGUUUGUCAACCAAAUCAGCCAUGAUUGUCAUACGGGACACAUCAGAGUAUUGGGUCACGUUACAACAUUUGAUUUUUAAACGAAGUCUUUCUUUUCGUUUGUUAAUUAUGAUGAUCUGUUUAAUUAUAUAUGUUUUUAAUUUGUAUAUAUGAUUCAUGGAGGCCAUUCUGAAAUACAGAUCAUCUUCAUAAUUAUUUCACGAAAGAGGUGACAAAGUACUGCGGUUAUGCGACGACCUCACAAACCCGUUCGUCACGUCUGCCGUUGGAGGUGAAUUGAAUGGCAGCCUGCAAGCAGCGUCAGCUGAGGUAGAGGAAUGAAAUUAUGACGAUUUUGGUUGAAUAUUCACCUGAGAGUCCAGUUGAAAGGUAUUCAGUGGUGGGGGGGGGGGGGUGUCAGAGGGAAAAACACAGUGAGAUGUCUUGGACUGUUGUCAUGGAAACCACAUAAUUUUGGUCGGAUGAAAUACUUUUUUUGAACGAACUGCUGAAUGCUAGACAAAUGGUUUUUGAAUGAAGCUUCUGUGUCAUACAAAAUAAAGGACUAAAGAUCGA